AUGUCAACCAAGUCAUGUGCAAGUAUGGAUGAUCAAUUGACGCCCCCCGGCUCCCGCUCCUGUGGCAUGUCAGGGAGGUGCAUUUCUGUAUUCGCUACGGAUGUCCCUCCUUUGACCUGGUUCCUUGCAGCUGUCCAUGGUCCGAGCAAGGACAGGGCAGGAAAGGGCAGGACGGGGCAGGCUGCUGCGCAAUGUCCGAGUCUCACUUUCAAGUCUUGGAAAGAAAGUUAA